AAUCAACUUAAGUGCAAAGGCUUUUCUCACAUAAAGUCUGAAUAUAAACCAUUUGAGGCUAGAAUUUCUGGACUUCUCCCAAGAUGGGGUUAAGAAGCUACCAUGUAGAAGACGGCAAUUUGUGCUUUCAAUCGCCGACUUUCAUUGAAUGGCUGAAGCCGUCUUCUAAUUCUCCUUCUUCAUCACUAUCUUCAUCUUCCUCUUCCUCUUCUUCGGUCACCACUCAACAAUUGCAGUGCCAGUUUGCGGAUCCCAUGAGCGGUAGAAGUAUUCAAUGCCUGCCUCUUCUAAGUGGUUUUACGGAGAAAAAACCAUUGGAAGAGGGGGAAGAAGAGAAGAUAGAGAAGGUUACAGUGGCUUUACACAUUGGAUUACCCAACGCCGGAGAUAUUUCCGAUGUUAAGAACAAGGGUUUUGAUUUUGAGACUAAGGAAGAAGUAGCAGGCAACAAGAAAAGCUCCUUCAAUGGAUGUUCUUUCAAUAAAGAUAGCAGGUUUUGGAUCCCAACUCCUGCACAAAUCCUUGUCGGGCCGAUGCAAUUUUCUUGCUCCAUAUGCAGUAAAACAUUUAACAGAUACAAUAACAUGCAGAUGCAUAUGUGGGGGCACGGAUCUGAAUACAGAAAAGGUCCAGAUUCGCUUAAAGGAACACAGCCAGCGGCGAUGCUGAGGCUGCCAUGUUACUGCUGUGCUCAAGGUUGCAAGAACAACAUCAACCAUCCUCGUGCCAAGCCAUUAAAGGAUUUCAGAACACUGCAAACACACUUCAAACGGAAGCACGGAGCAAAGCCAUUUAUGUGCAGAAAAUGUAGCAAAACUUUUGCGGUUAAGGGUGACUGGCGAACGCAUGAAAAGAAUUGUGGGAAGUUAUGGUAUUGCAUUUGUGGUUCGGAUUUUAAACAUAAAAGAUCUCUGAAGGAUCACAUUAGGUCAUUCGGCAAAGGGCAUUCUCCACACCCAUCUCUUGAUGGGUUUGAUCAUGAUGAGAAGGAAUGCAUCACCGGCUCUGAAGAUGAAAUCGCUCUCUAGUUUUUUAUGAACCAUUAUCAAGAGGUGACUGUUUAGGAAAGCUAUUUUUCUAGUAGUGAUCUUCAGUUCGUGUCUGUUUUGUUUUUAGCUAGGCUGAUGCAUGGAUGCUUGUGCUCAGUAACAAAACAUUCUCAACAAGAAAGUUGGGGGCGAUUUGCUAGGGAGCACUUGCAGAGCAUUGAGCCAUAAUAUGUUUAGACUUUUAUGCAUAGUACUUUUAAGUAUAAGAAUAUGGAGAUUGCCUCAAGUAGUCGUGAAGCUGAUGAAUUUUCUUCUUCUAUAGCGGCAUGCACAAAUGCAUUGUUUAAGUUUAUGUAAGGGAAAAUUCGUCCGCUUCAUUGCUAACUGGUAAUCUUUAUAUUAAGGAUUGUGUUGUUUAAUCUAUUUCUGGCUCUAUCCUCAUAUAUAUGAAGGUUAAUAUAUUGUUGUUA